AUGUCCAACACACCAUUCGGUGCACCCCAGAUCGUUCAACCUCCUGCCACCUCCGUAUCCACUAUCACCACAACCACAACGACACCGGGAGGGGCUCAAACUACCAAUGCAAACGCCACAAACGCUGGAAAGAAAACAAAUGCAAAAGAGCCUGGAACCCCGCUGAAACCGGUAUGCCUGCCUGCUGGAAGAUAUGAGUUCCGAGAUAAUGGAAUUUACAUCGGUGAGUGGUUGGACGAAAAGGCUGUGGGACUGGGUCUCAUAACAAAGGACAAAUCACAGGGCGAAUACACGGGUCUGUGGGACGCGGGAUCGGAAAAAUCGGGUGUUUUCCUUUGGCCCAACGCCCCAGGAGCAAUGUAUGAGGGGGAGUGGGCAAUGAAUCGACGCAAUGGAUUUGGCGUAUUCAAUCGAGAGGAUUGGGUGAUAAUGGGCAAGUUCGAGGACGACUUCAUCACCAUGGGAGUUAAAGGAAAGGACAACGCACCAGGCAAAUUCGAGGGCAGAUUCGAGAAUGGAUUUCCGGCCUUUGGUGUCGAGACCUAUGGAGAUAAAGGGACUUAUUGCGGCGAGUACAAGAACGGCAUUCGUGAGGGUCUGGGUGUGCGUCGCUCCAUAACUUAUGGCGAGGUUCUGGAGCUCUAUCCCGAGAUCAAGAAGGCCUCCAACUCCAGCAAAUUGGAAGACCUUCGUAAACGUGGCAAAUUACCCUCUCCAUUGAACAUUAAUUUGGAUCGUCGCAUGUCCCUCGAUCAGGGCUCCAUCGAUGUACCCUGUGAUGUGGUUUGGAGCGGUGAGAAUACUACAGACGGCGUCGACGGAACAGUGGAUGGUGAAGAGUACGAUCCAGAGCCCUAUACGGCUCCUCGAGAUACCACAAGCUACUUGGAAUGUACAAUGGGACAUCGACAUCACAAUGUCACAUAUAGAUUGAUGGUAGCACAGCGAUGUGGAUUCAUGUUGUCAUCGAAACGCUCCGAGCUGUUUAUAAAACGCUUGAACAAGUUGAAGCAUCCCCGAAUUAAUCCCUUCGGCUGUACAACACCCGAAGCAACAGAACGAAAACGAACCCAAUCGCUGUCAAUGCUGUUUACAUAUCCUGAGGAGACAAUGCCAACCCUGCCAACGAGCUAUGUUAGGCAGAUCAAGGACAUGUAUACGUCCUCCAAUUCUUUGCCUAAGAUUGUUCCUGCGGAAAGUGAUACGCUGGAGCUAGAUCUCAUAGCCGAUGACACCGUGGAAGUGUAUUCAGGUGAAUGGUUCUCCGACGCUCGUCAUGGGUUUGGUGUCUGUGAGCGUACUGAUGGACUGGCCUACUAUGGUCAGUGGUUUAAGAAUCAGCGUCAUGGCUUCGGUCAUACUCGAUUUCCUGAUGGCACUUUUGAACAGGGCAAGUACCACAACGGGAAGUUGGUGUACUUGGCCCUGCCAGCAGGCAAUAAGCCUCACAUGGUGCUCUACAAUCGACAUGUCAUGCAAGAAGUUCAAAAAACGAUGCAGAGGGCAAUGCUAGCUGGCGAACAGGCGCAAAAGAAGGCAAUUGAGGCGAGGGAACAAGUCAGUAUGAAGGUGCUGGACUACAUCGAGAAGGCCAAAGCUGCUGCCAACUGCGCUCGCGAGUACUCUUUGGAAGCGCGGGAACUGGUGCGAGAGAUGUAUCCCGACUUCGAGCAACCGGGUAUUAAGUACCUCGAGGACAUAGUUCGAAUGAUGCGAGUCACACGGCAGGGCAGUCCCACCUUCGAAGCAGCCCUACAGUCAGCCAAAGACGUUGUAGCAGGAAUCGUUCGCGGUUUGACACGAGGAGGAGGGGAAGACGAUGAGGAAGAGGAGGCAGCAAAUCAACCCGAAGAGGAUUUGACUCUACCACCUAAAUUUUCAUCGCAACUUCGAGAACUGCAGGAGAAAAAGUUGCUCAUGUCGAGAGCAGGUUCAGUGCGAGCUCAGAGACGUGCUAGAGCCGUCAAAUUGGCUGAAGAGUUGAGACGCAGAGAGCGUCUCCUAAUGGGUGAGGACCCCAAAUCCGUGAUGGCAGCUACCAAUGCAGAAGCACAGCGUCAACAGCUACAAGCUCAGCAACAGGCGGACGCCGCAAAAAGGCGCGCCGCCACUGCCAUGGCCAGUGUAGCCGCUGUACAACAGUCAACGUCAGAAGCGGAACGAAGGAUUGCAGCGGAACGUGGCAUUAGUGCUGAGCGGGCAGACAGAUGGACAACAGAAAUGUUGCCUACAUCGGAACGGAGACAACAGAAGGCGCCACUGAAUGCCAGCGGAAAGGCGGACACAGCACCCGGGGCAUUUCUGCAUGUUCCAGGUGUAAAACGGAAUUAUACAACGAGACGAAGGAAUGAAGCCUCCGGUCUGGAUGAACCUGAUGGAUCGUAUGUUGAGAUUCCUGACAUGAAUGAAUUGGAGCAUCAAUACGAAAUUCCCGCCUGUCCACUUACAAAACUGCUAGCCAAUCCAACGUUGUUUAGCAACCACUUUGACUACUACACCACCUUGCCUCCACCCAUUGCUGUAACAGCCACAGCAACUACUGGACUGCAUCAGGCACGUCUCACACGGCCCGAAGUACUGGUUCAACCGGAGAAGAUCAUGUCCGCGUCCAUGGAAUAUGCGUCUGUGUCAAAAGAGGCCGCCUCACCAGCAGAUAGUGAUACCUUCGGAUUCCUCUCGAAACUCGCCUUCUGGUCCUGGGGCAAAAAUGAGGAAAAUUUGAAAGACCGCGAAGGCGUGACCCCUGGCCCCUCUGAGAACGGUUUCCCUUCCACAUCGACCUCCAUAACCUCCUUCAGUCAGAUGGUCCCCGAAUCACAGGGAAGUGGCGCAGGUGCCGUGCAAUUAAUGUCCCGGGGACUGGUGGAUAAUCCGCAGAAUCAACUCAUUCCCACCACCGAUAGCAGUCAUUCGCUUCAACAGGUCACCGAUAUUUUCGAUUGGUUUCGCUCCAACCUUUCGCUAAUCGCUAUCAUCUGUUUCAACUUUUUCCUUCUCCACGUCUUCUUCGCACACAUGAGCCAAAGCGAAGAAAAUGGCGCCUAA